UGACCACACAUCUGCGUGCAACCCACCUGAAAUCUCCUCUCCUGACAACAUGUGUUGCAACUACGGGAACUCCUGUGGCUAUGGCUACGGAUGCGGCUAUGGCUGUGGAUGUGGCCCCUAUUCUGGCUGUGGUUAUGGAACUGGCUGUGGCUGUGGCUAUGGCUCAGGCUAUGGCUGUGGCUACGGCUCAGGCUGUGGCUGUGGCUAUGGCUCAGGCUGUGGCUGUGGAAGAGUCUCCUGCUGUGGGUGUGGAUAUGGCCGUGGCUCUGGCUACUGUGGCUACCGGCCAUUUUGCUACAGAAGAUGUUACUCUUCUUGCUGCUAGACCAUCAUUCUCCAAGCCCCAUUUGCUUCUGAAAUGACACAACCAAAGCAACAACUGAAGCAAGCAUCCAUACCUCGAGUAUUCUACAUCCAGGAAAUUGUAUGCUUGACAGAGGCUUUCACCCCCAGGCAACAUUUAUUAGGAUGGCAUCUUGAGGCUCCAGGCUUUGUGGUAUCAUGUGACUAUUUCCCAAAUGUUGGUCUUUGUUCUCUCAAUCUGGAUUCUGUGUUGUGACUAUGCCAUCGAUCCUAACCUCCCUUUGUUGGAGAAAAACUUUUUCUCAAUAAAAAAACUUCUUUGCUUCGAACAAA